CGAUGCGUCCCGGAGGUCGCCAGCGCCGGUGUUUUCCCACGUGCAGCGUGAAGCAGAGGACGUCAUGUUGUAAGGAGAUGGGGGCCUCGGUGUCUCGCGCAAUCAGGAAUUUCAACCUAGAGAACCGGGCGGAACGGGAAAUCAGCAAGAUGAAGCCCUCUCCCGCUCCCAGGCACCCCUCCACCAAAAACCUCCUGCGAGAGCAGAUGAGCUGCCAUCCAGAAAUUAAGGGAGAAAUUGCUAGAAAAGAUGACAAACUGCUGUCGUUACUAAAAGAUGUGUAUGUUGAUUCCAAAGAUCCGGUGUCUUCUGUGCAGGUAAAAGAUGGUGGAACACGUCAAAAGCCAAAGGAGUUCAGAUUGGCAAAAGGCCGUGAGUUUAACAUGAUAAGUAUCAAGAACAUUCCCAAAGGCAAAAUUUCCAUUGUAGAGGCAUUGACACUUCUCAAUAAUCAUAAACUUUAUCCGGAAACAUGGACUGCUGAGAAAAUAGCAGAAGAGUACUAUCUAGAACAGAAAGAUGUAAAAUCCCUUCUCAAAUAUUUUGUUACUUUUGAAGUCGGAAUCUUCCCUCCUGAAGACAAGAAAGCGAUACCAUCAAAAUGAAGAAAAUUUUGAAAUUACUUUUCCUAUAUGUAGUCCCCGUUCCCAUGCCCUGUUUAGUUUCUUAUUUUCAGCAUGUGAAAUUAUACAAAUUAAUGAAUGUUUAAAGCUCCCUUCUUGGGAGAGCGUACUAUUUAUUGAGCUUUGCUGAAUUUU